AUGAGAAAAUUAUGGAUAUAUUUGGUAUUAUUGCAUAUCCUUCUCUUUAAUUUAUGUAACAAUGUAAUUAAGAAAUAUACACCAUCUUUGAACUCGUAUUUUUACAAAAAUGAUACCCUUAAAUAUAAUAGAAAAAGAAAAAAAGAUAAUUUUCAAUACCCACAUUAUAUUUAUAAUAUAUAUGACUAUGUGACCAAAAAAAAAAAUCUAUUAAAAAAUUGCACACAUAAUUUUGGGAAAACAUACUACACCAAUAAUGAUAUUUUAAAAAAAAAAAAAUAUGAACAGUUCAGAAAAUUUAGAAGCGUAAGACAGAAGUUAUUUUAUUAUAGUAACGCUAUUUGCAUGAAUGGUCAUAAUAAAUAUGGCUUGUUGAAAAAUAGAGUAAAACGAGAAAGGAACCAUUGUAAUAUGCCCAUAAGUUUAUCAUUUUCUGAUGAAAACAAACAUGACACAGACAUAAAUAAAAAAAAUGAAUUAUUUUCAAAUGACGGAGACGAAAAUAACUUUAAUGGAACUAGUAGCUCUUAUCCAGACCAAAGCAAUGAUGAAAAUUUUAAUCAAGCAAUUAAAAAAACAGAAGAUUAUAUUAAAGGUAAAGAAGAUAAUAUUAUAGAAGAAAGAGAAAUUAUUAAAAAAAAAAAAGUCAUUGAAAAUUUAAAGGCUCAAGAAAAUGUUUUAUCGGAUAAACCAUUAGAUUUAAGUAUGCAUGACAUAUUAAAACAUAUUUAUAAAAAUGGGGUAUAUGUUAGCUCGAAAGUUUUAGUGAAUGAUAUAUGUGCAUGGAUGAAAGAUGCUUAUGUUAAUUUUUUGAAAUCAAAAAGAGAGGCAUUGAAAAAGGAACAUAAUGAAUUAGAUAAACAUGAAAAUGAUAUUACAACUAAUGUAACAAAAACAAUAAAUAAUUCAAAUGAAAAUAAAGUUGUAGACAAUGAUAUUUUAAACGAUUUUGAUAAUGAAAAAAAAGAUAGCUAUAAUUUUAUUUUUGAUAAUAAUGAUGAUCAAAAAUUAGGUACAUAUGUUGAAUCACUUAAAUUAUAUAAUAAAAAAAAUUUAAGUAAAUAUUUCUUUUCCUUUAAUAGAGGAAAUAUAUUGAAGCAACUAGUAACAGAGGGCGAAGAUGAUAUUUUAGAUGAAGAAAAGGAAAAAAAUGACAAAAAAAAUGAUGAAAAAAUCGACAAAAAAAGUGAUAAAAAAAAUGAGCUAGCCAUACAAGAUAAAAAUAGUACAAUAUUUGAUGACCAUGUUCAGAAAAUUUUAUCCGAUCCAAUGUUAAAAGAAGAUGAAGAUUAUUAUAUUGAUAAACAGAGAUAUAUGAAAUCAAAUGUUACAAUUGAAUUUAAUAUAUAUGAUACAUAUAAUGAUAAAAUUAUUUUAAAUAAUAAAAAUACAAAUUCUACUAUGCUCGAAUUUCCAUUAUUAUAUAGUCACAAUAUUAUACAAAAAUGUAUACUUACUAUGAAAAAAUUGGAAAAAUCCAUUUUUUAUAUUAACAAUAAUUUAUUGUUCAGAAAUUUUACAUCCAAUGAUCAGCCUGUUAAUGAACAUGACAAAAGUGUCUAUGAUGUUAUAUUAAAUGAAAAUUGGAUUAAAAUUGAAAUGCAUUUAUGUAAUAUUUAUGGUAUGAAUGAAAAAUGGAUGGGUAUAUCUCCCAAUUCAUUUUCAGAUGAACAACAAACAAAAUCCUUUUUAUCAGAAUACUCAAUAGGAUCGUCAAAUAAUUUGAUAGGAAGUCCCGCCAUCCCUAACGUAGACCCAAUUCCGAUGGAUAAAAAUUCUAAACCCUCUUUUGAAAAUGAAAAAAAUCAAGCCAAUAAAAUAAGCAGUGAGAUAGAUAAGAAAGCAGACGAUGGUACUAAUGACAAUAACAAAACAAGCAAGCUUGAUGAAGAGCUAAAAGCAAACAAUCAAAAUAAAGGGGAAAUAAGUGAAAGACAAAAAGAAAUUUUAAAGAGAAGAGAAGAACAUGAAACUAAAAAAGAAUUAGAAAUAAAAAGUGACCUUUUAAUGAAAAAAUUAGAAAAUGAAAUGAAAUAUGAUCCAGAACAUUAUAUGUGGAAAGAUUUAUAUCCACAAUUAGAUGAACAUCAUAAAAAAAGAACAGAUAAAUAUUUUGACGAUUUAAAAAAAGAAAUGAGUGAAAAUAAAUAUAGUAGAGGAUAUACUGAUAAUAUUAAAAAAAAACAAACAUUAAAAGGAUAUGAUUUAGGUGAAGAGAUUGAAGGAAGAACUAAAUAUUAUUUUUGGAAAGAAAAUAUUCAUAGUUUUUCUUUAUAUUUUUUAUUACGCCAACAUAUAAAAAAAAAAGAUAUUCUUAUCGAUAUAGAUAAUCAUUUUUUUUCUCUUUCAAUUUAUGGACAUACUAUAAUUAAAGACAUGUUUAACAACCCAAUUAAUUCUGCCGAUUCUGUAUGGACAUUGACUGAUAAUGAAGAGACACUUACUCUUUCGAAAAAUGAAAGUAGUGACGAAAAUGUGGAAUUUCCAGUAUAUGAAAUUACUUAUAUUGAUGACCAAGAUAUUAAAAAAUUUAUAAAAAAAAAAUAUUGUCUUAUUUACAAUAUUUACAAGGAUAACAAUCAUAAAUAUAUGUGGGGAUCUAUAUUUAAAACAUCGUGA